AUGUCAGAAGUACAGUGGUGUGAUCUGUGUAAGGUUCAACUAUCGUCGAAAGCACUGCUAGAUGUACACGAUAAUGGCAAACGUCACCAUAAAAAGGUUACAGAGCGUGCUGCGUUAUUGGCCUUAGCCUCCCGGUCGGUAUUUAUUUCUGGAUUAAAUCCUGAAAUUGUCAUCACCGAAGCAGAGAUUUCAGAUGCUCUCAGUUCUUUUGGAAGGGUAGAAAAGGUUCAUUUGGAUAUUAAAGGAGGCAAGUAUGCUAUCGUCGAAUUUGAUCAAGAAUUUUCGGCUAAUAAAGCCAUUUUUGAAAGUGAAGUUCAUAUUGGGCUUCAAAUCGUGCGGAUACGACCACGAAAAAUAGAUUUUGACCAAUGUAAGGCGAAGUCAAAGAUACAUAUGAUCGAUACUAAUAAACUUAUUAGUGAAAUUAGUGGUUUGGCUACAUUUGCUGAACAAGUGAAUACUUUAUUAGAACUAUACUGCCUCAGUGAUGCCGAGGUUGCAGAACGAACUGAUUGCACUCAAAUACUUUCAGUGGCUCUCGGCGAUUACUUUUCUUCAGAUGUUCAUGUGCGAAUUUUUGGCUCUUCAUCAACAUCUCUUGGUACGAAAGAUUCCGACAUUGAUGCAAGUUUGUUUUUCAAUGUACCACUUACGGAAGCACACUGUACUGGAGAUCUGAUGAGGAAUAAAUAUAUAUUGCUGACCUGCGAUGUUACUGCAUUAAGAGGGCGUAAAAUUUGCGCUGAAGAAUAUGCUAGGCUUACCGAAGCUGAUCGUGUUCGUUUGCUGAAUAAAAUAAUGAAUGACAUACGAAAGCGUGGUGCGGCAUCUGUUACUGAUCAAUAUCCAAUCCUUGAUGCUCGUUGUCCACUUGUGCGACUUACCGUUAAUCGGAAAUAUACCGUCGACUUAUCUGUGGAUAAUUAUCUUGGGUAUGCAAAAUCUAAUUGGCUUAGAAGUAUCGUACACUGUGAUUCCUCACAACUUAUUCAGAAAUUUUUUGUGUCCUUCAGGUUUUGGGCUCAUACAAAUGCGCUGUUGAAGGCUGAUGAAAAACAGCGAUCACAUUUCAAUGCAUAUAUAUUGAACAUGCUGUGCGUAAUAUAUCUGCAGUUACACAAUUAUAUACCUCCUCUUCAACGAGCUCAGAAAGAAAUGGUCGUAAAUGGAUGGAGAGUUGAUUUUUUUGUUGAUUGUGUGGAUUUAUCCUGUCUGACACUUAACAAAUUAUUUAAGGAUCCACUGGAAUGGUCGCAUAACAUUUCCAUGUUGGUUUCUGAAAAAUAUAUCGGUGCAAUGCGUCGUCAAAUGAUGUUUGCAUUGUCGCGGAUGAAAAUAACACCAAAUUCAUUUUUAACCAUAUUGCAAGAAACAUCUGAUACUGCGACGAAGUCAUCUUUAGAUUAUACACUGAGAAUCCACGUUGGAGUUUGUCAGGCGGAUCAGUGCAUGGAAGCUGUGAAUCAUAUUUUCGUCAAAAUUUUAGCAUUCUCGUUAGCUGUAGAACCGUUCGAGAAACGACCACGGCUCGAUGAUACUCCCAGUGAGUUUUGUAGUGUCUACUUAGCUAAGCGACGUACUUGGGAAGGUCGGAGGCAGAAGCGACGCCAAAUAAUGCGGGAAUAUUCUGCGCUUUUAGAGGAUUCAAUAGCUCUGGAGGAAACAGUCACUCAACAAAUCAGUCAGACAAGUGAGGAAACAUCACUUUGUUUCAAAACAUAUGUGAAGCAGAAAGCUGCAGAAUGUUCACUUGAAUUUGUUUUGAUCAGUGGAUCAGCGAAGUCCAAUAUGGGUGUAGGAGAGAUUUUUCGAGAAGAGAGCAUGAAAGCAGUGAAUGAGAUUAUUGCUCGCUUGAUCAAAGCCCAUCAGGAGGGAAAAGAUAUCGAUUUGAAUCGCCUUAAAAGUAAAGUCUCCUCAAUCUACUCAUUAAAUCGUCAGCCAAAACUAGUGGAUAUCAUCGCUGCAGUGCCUGCAGAACAUCGGAAUUGGUUGCUGCCGAAACUGAAAGCUAAGCCAGUUCGAACAGCCAGUGGUAUCGCUGUUAUUGCCGUUAUGUGUAAUAUCUGUGUAUACUGUCCUGGCGGACCGGAUUCUGACUUUGAAUACAGUUCUCAGUCUUAUACGGGCUAUGAGCCAACUUCAAUGCGAGCAAUCCGUGCGCGUUACAAUCCUUUUCUACAGACGAGAAGUCGAGUAACACAACUUAUGCAGCUUGGACAUAAUGUUGACAAAGUAGAAUUCAUAGUAAUGGGAGGUACUUUCAUGUCACUACCAGCUGAUUAUCGUGAUUACUUCAUUCGGAAUCUUCAUGACGGGUUGAGUGGUCAUACUAGUAGCAGUGUGUCUGAGGCAGUAGCAUUCAGUGAACGAAGUCGAGUGAAAUGUAUUGGCAUAACGAUCGAAACUAGACCUGAUUAUUGUUUACCGAGACAUUUGGAUGAAAUGUUAAGCUAUGGUUGUACAAGACUAGAAAUUGGUGUUCAGUCAAUAUAUGAAGAUGUUGCCAGGGACACGAAUAGAGGCCAUACUGUGAAAGCAGUAUGUGAAUGUUUUCAAAUAGCAAAAGAUACAGGUUACAAGGUAGUAAUACAUAUGAUGCCAGAUCUUCCUAAUGUUGGAAUUGAACGAGACAUGGAACAGUUUAUCGAGCUUUUUGAAAACCCAGAAUUUCGACCAGAUGGUCUCAAAAUAUAUCCAACAUUAGUCAUUCGCGGCACUGGUUUAUAUGAACUAUGGAGAACGGGACGUUAUAAAAGUUAUCCACCUGAGAUUCUGGUAGAUUUGACGGCACGGAUUCUGGCUUUGAUUCCUCCGUGGACUCGUGUUUAUCGUGUACAACGUGAUAUACCAAUGCCUCUUGUGACUAGUGGAGUGCGGUAUGGAAAUCUUCGUGAACACGCUCUUGCACGUAUGAAACAGCUUGGAACUUCAUGUCGGGAUGUCAGAACACGUGAAGUUGGGAUUCAGGAAAUACAUAACAAAAUCCGCCCUUACCAAGUUGAGCUUAUUCGUAGGGACUAUGUCGCUAAUGGUGGAUGGGAAACGUUUCUUUCUUAUGAAGAUCCGGAACAGGAUAUUUUGGUAGGCUUGCUAAGAUUGCGAAAAUGUGCCGAUAAAGUUCAUCGAUUGGAAUUGAAGGAUGGAGUUUCGAUCGUUCGUGAGCUACACGUUUAUGGAUCAGUAGUGCCGGUCUCGGCUCGAGAUCCAUCCAAAUUCCAGCAUCAAGGAUUUGGGCAAUUGCUAAUGGAAGAAGCAGAACGAAUUGCCAAAAAUGAACAUUUUAGCAAUAAAUUAGCAGUUAUUUCUGGUGUGGGUACAAGGAAUUAUUAUCGGAAGAUGGGAUACGAACUGGAUGGUCCCUAUAUGUCGAAAUCGUUAUAA